AUGGCUCCUCAAGCACUUACAGGCAUCCUUGUCGCCCUCAUCACCCCCUUCAAGGCCGAUGGAUCUGUCGACCUGGAGGCUCUUGACGCCCACAUCCAGCGCCAGAUCGACGCCGGUGUCCACGGUCUCGUCCCUGGCGGCAGCACAGGCGAGUUCACAGCUCUGACCUUCCAAGAGCGCAAGGACGUUCUGGAUCAGUGCAUCAAGUCAGCCGCCGGCCGCGUCCCCGUCGUCGCUGGCAUCGGUGACCUGACCACCGCUGGAGUCGUGGAACUGGCUAAGCAUGCUGCGGAGGUUGGUGCCGCUGCCACUAUGAUUGUGCCGCCUUUCUACGACGCCCCCAGCCUGAAGCAGCUCAGGGCUAUGUUUGAGGAGAUCUACAAGGCCAGCGGCAUUCCUAUCAUGUACUACAACAUCCCUAGCGCUAGCGGCGUUAGUCUUUCUACUGCUGAGAUUGCUGCUCUUUCGGAAGUCGGCGUCAAGUACCUUAAGGACACAUCUGGCAACGCCCCAGCCCUCACAGAUCUUCUCUUCCACCACCACAACGACAUCAUAGCGCUCAACGGCUGGGACACCCUGACCUUCUACGGCCUUGCAGCCGGCGCCAAGGGUUCCGUCUGGGGCACCACAAACGUCCUCCCUGAGUUGUCGGUGCAGUUGUGGAACGCCGUUGCUGUCGACGGCGACCUCAAGAAGGGCCGCGAGCUGUGGUCCAAGAUCUUCCCCGUGUGCAAGUUCCUCGAGGCGCACCAUUACGGCGCUGGUAUCAAGACUGGUAUGGAGCUGCAGGGCUGGAAGACGGGUGGUCUCCGAAAGCCCUUUGCUCUUCUGGAGGGUGAUGAGAAGGCUGAGUUGGCGCAGCUUCUCAAGGAUGCUGGUGUCAAGUUGGCCUAG